AGAGAGAAAGGAUGGGGAAGAAAGGAGAUGGGUUCUUUCGAAGCAGAUUAAGGGCUAAUGUGAGAGUUCAACCACCGACGAAUACGAGCCAGCAUGGCUGCAGCCACGAGCCGCCAAGCUCAUCCACAGAGAUAAAAGGAAGAAGAAUAAUGGUUGUGGUUGAUUCUUGCUCGGAGGCUAAGAACGCUCUUCUUUGGACUCUCUCGCAUUGUGCACAGCCUCAAGAUUACAUUCUUCUUCUUUACUUUCUCAAAGCUAAACCUUCUCAUUCAGGUGCUCUAGCUACCCAAAAAGUAUUAGUAGAAGAAGAAGAAGAAUCUUGUGACAAACCCACAACGUCAAGAGCUAAUAAAAAAGUUUUAGCCUUGAAAAACAUUUGUGAGCUUAAAAGACCUGAGGUAAAGACAGAAGUGGUGGUUGUAAAAGGUGACGACAAGGGGCCGACCAUAGUGAAAGAAGCAAAAGAACGAGAGGCGUCUUUACUGGUCCUUGGCCAGAAGAAACAGCACGCUACGUGGCGGCUACUAAUGGUAUGGGCAUCGCAGUCCCGACCAGUGACGUCCAAACACGACUUCGUGGAGUAUUGCAUCAACAACUCUCCUUGUAUGGCCAUUGCGGUCCGUAAGAGAAGCAAGAAGCUUGGUGGAUACACUCUUACAACUAAGCGCCACAGAGAUUUCUGGCUUUUGGCAUGAUCAUUAUUAGUACUUAAUUAUUAUUCACACCUAAGUUAGUAUAACCUUUCCUGUUUUUACUUUAAAUCAUGGCUUUGGUUUGUGGAUUUGUGGGUGCAAUUAUUGUAAGAGUUUACUUCUUUCCAAUGUAUUUGUUUUUUUUUUAAUGUAAAAAUUUUCAAGGUUGGGAUUUCUUAGUGUCA